UCUCUCUUCCCCAAAUGUGUGGGGGCUGUCAUUGACCUGGAGUAGCUGCAAAACCGAAGUCGCCGAAUGAUGAUGUGAAAUCGCCCGUCCGUUUCUGCCACGCCCGGGCGGUUACUGGCAGCGGCGGCCGCUUCUGCUGCUCCUCUCAGGCUGCUGCCGCUUUAGAGGCUUCUCCCUGAGCAAGCGCGUGCGAAGGACGGAGGACGCCGGACCAUUCCUGUCAUGACCAUCCGAGGAGUGAUAAUCACAUGAGAGCGCUCAUUGCUCCAGAUGUCAUUUGACCAUCAAAAAAAAAAAUCUGUUUAAUAGAAAAUAUCCAUUUGACCAGAACCUUUCUUUAUUGAAUGGCUUGAUGGAUUUCCUUUACUCUGAUUCAAACCAAAGCUGUCCUGCUCAACCAAAACAAGGGAGGAUCUUGCAUGAGUCAAUCCCAGAAUGCCACUUCUACAUCACCGAUGGGUGAAGAAAACCUCAUGAAUAUCAAUCACAGAGACUCAGAGAGCAUCACUGAUGUGUGCUCCAAUGAAGAUCUCCCUGAAGUCGAGCUGGUGAGCCUGCUAGAAGAACAGCUACCCCAGUAUAAGCUAAGAGUGGACUCUCUCUUUCUAUAUGAAAAUCAAGACUGGACUCAGUCCCCACGCCAGCAGCGCCAUGGAUCUGAUGCCCUCUCUCCAGUCCUUGCUGAAGAGACUUUCCGUUAUAUGAUUCUAGGCACAGACAGGGUGGAGCAGAUGACCAAAACUUACAAUGACAUCGACAUGGUUACACAUCUCCUGGCAGAGAGGGAUCGUGAUCUGGAGCUAGCUGCUCGAAUUGGACAAGCUCUCUUAAAGCGGAACCAUGCCUUGUCUGAGCACAAUGAAGCCCUCGAGGAGCAACUGGGACAAGCCUUUGAUCAAGUUAAUCAACUGCAGCACGAGCUGUCCAAGAAAGAUGAGUUACUUCGAAUUGUCUCCAUUGCUUCUGAAGAGAGUGAAACUGAUUCCAGCAGCUCUACACCUCUUCGCUUCAAUGAGUCCUUUAGCUUAUCUCAGGGUUUGCUGCAGUUGGACAUGCUGCAAGAAAAGCUCAAGGAACUGGAAGAAGAGAAUAUGGUUCUUCGAUCCAAGGCUUGUCACAUAAAGACAGAAACGAUUACCUAUGAAGAGAAGGAACAACAGCUUGUCAGUGAUUGUGUUAAAGAACUUCGUGAAACAAAUGCUCAGAUGUCCAGAAUGACUGAAGAAUUGUCUGGGAAGAGUGAUGAACUGAUUCGUUACCAAGAAGAGAUUUCCUCUCUCUUGUCUCAGAUUGUAGACCUUCAGCACAAACUUAAAGAACAUGUGAUUGAGAAGGAAGAGCUGAGACUUCACCUCCAAGCUUCCAAAGAUGCCCAAAGACAACUGACGAUGGAGCUGCAUGAGUUACAAGACAGAAAUGUAGAGUGUCUGGGAAUGUUACAUGAAUCCCAAGAAGAAAUAAAGGAACUUCGGAAUAGAUCUGGCCCUGCUGCUCAUCUCUAUUUCUCCCAGCCAUACGGAGUUUUUUCUGGGGAAUCUCUGGCAGCUGAGAUUGAGGGGACCAUGCGUAAGAAGUUGAGUUUGGAUGAGGAAUCUUCUCUCUUUAAGCUAAAAGCCCAACAAAAACGGGUAUUUGAUACUGUCAAGGUUGCCAAUGACACACGGAGCUGCUCUGUCCCAUUCCCAGCUCUGCUACCCAUUCCAGGCUCCAACCGUUCAAGUGUCAUCAUGACAGCAAAACCUUUUGAAUCUGGUUUACAACAAACAGAGGACAAAACAAUCCAGAAGAGUAACUUGGAGGAAGAUCCAGGGAACGUCCAGAAGGUCUGUCAACCAGGAUGCUCUGCAGAGAGCGAUUUGGCUACAGCCCUGCAUCGCCUGAGUCUGCGGCGACAGAACUACUUAAGUGAAAAGCAGUUCUUUGCUGAAGAAUGGCAACGGAAGAUCCAGGUUCUGGAUAGCCAGAAAGAAGGGGGAAGUGACUGUGGCAUCCCCACAGAGAGCAUUGCCUCCCUCUGCACCGACCAGUCGGAGAUCACAGACCUGAGCAGUGCCAGUUGCCUUCGAGGUUUUAUGCCUGAAAAAUUGCAAAUUGUCAAGCCCCUUGAAGGAUCACAAACUCUGCACCAAUGGCAGCAGCUUGCUCAACCAAAUUUAGGAACCAUUCUUGACCCACGACCAGGUGUCAUCACUAAAGGCUUUACCCAGUUGCCCAAGGAUGCCAUCUAUCACCUCUCAGAUUUAGAAGAAGAUGAAGAGGAAGGUAUCACUUUUCAGGUUCAGCAACCUCUUCAAGUGGAACAGAAACCAUCAAUAUCCCAGCCAGUAACAGGAAUCUUCCUGCCGCCCAUGACUUCAGCUGGUGGUCCAGUUACAGUUGCAACCUCAAACCCAGGAAAGUGUCUGUCCUGCACAAACUCAACAUUCACCUUUACCACCUGUAGGAUAUUACAUCCUUCUGAUAUUACUCAGGUUACCCCCAGCUCUGGCUUCCCUUCAUUAUCCUGUGGAAGUAGUGGUAGCAGUUCAUCAAACACAGCCGUGAAUUCUCCUGCUAUGUCCUAUAGGCUCAGCAUUGGUGAAUCCAUCACCAACCGACGAGAUUCCACCAUAACCUUCAGCGGCACCAUGAGCUUGGCCAAACUUCUACAAAAGCAAGGCAUCUCUGCUAAAGCAUACCACAGCCCAGUUUCAGAGGACCCCCUCCUCCAGCCUCUCCCUAGAGGCCUGGCUAUCCCUUCCACGCCACCAAAUUCACCAUCUCACUCACCUUGCCCCUCUCCUUUGCCUGUUGAGCCUCGAGUGCAUCUCUCUGAAAAUUUUUUGGCCUCCCGACCAGCUGAAACAUUCCUCCAGGAGAUGUAUGGCUUGAGACCGUCCCGAAACCCUCCUGACGUUGGCCAGUUGAAGAUGAACUUAGUGGACAGGCUGAAAAGACUGGGGAUAGCCAGAGUGAUCAAGACCCCUGCAGCCCAGGAAAAUGGAAGAAGCCAAGAGGCAGAAAAUGGUCUUCAAAGACCAAACUCUGCUGUCUAUUUAAAUUCAGGUAGCAAUUUAUUGAGUGGACUGAGGAGGAAUCAGAGUCUUCCAGUCAUGAUGGGUAGCUUUGGCACCCCAGUUUGCACAUCAUCACCCAAAAUGGAUAUCCUGAAGGAAGACUGAGGUUCAGCAGUUGACUGACCUCUUACACAAGUUAGCACAUGAAGGAAAGAUUUGCACUGAUACAUGUAGUCUUGUCUGAGAGAAAAGGAAUGUUGCAGAAGGGUUGUGAAUGUGGGAAGGGGAAAGUGGAAGAACGGAAACAGAAUUGGCAUGAGGUCUGUCUGAUAAAUUGAAAGUAUAAAUGAAUAGGUCAUGAGUGUUUGGAAGCAGAGAAAGAAGAAAUGUUUAAUGCGGUCAUCCAGUUGGUAUUUCUUGUCUUGAAAAUAAAAAUUGACUAGAAAAUAAAUUCAGUAAUAUUGGAACAUACCAGAAAUACUGAACUAGCUAGCACAUUUACUUCUGGUGAGCAUAAGCAGGGAGGACCCAGGUUAGGAGAUGGGAAAAAAGAAGGAGCAGCUUUGACCGUUACCUUUAGAAAGCUGUUCUAGAAGGUUGCUGGAGUAAACUCAGUCUGUUACUGAGACAACAGUGAGAUGGCUUAUCUGCUGACCCCUGUUAAUGUCUGGUUAAAUUACACCUCCAUCAAAGAGUAUGGUCACUGCAUUAUCGACAAGGAAUUUUACCUUUUUCAUAAGAUCAGACUAGUAGAGACUCCCUUUUUGCUUUCUGUUUUCAGGCCUUUGAGCCACUGGGAUCCCAAACAUAAUCCACGUUCCUUUUGCAUUUGUGAUUAAUAAGGGUUAAUUUUUUAAAUUUGUAUUUUUAUACAAUACCCCCCCCCAAACAACAUGAGGUGGGGGGUAGGAGGGAUUUACUUUAAGAAGGAAAAUAUGGGUACAUUGGAACCAAGGAAACUUGUUUUCAGAAUAUUUCUUCUGAAUAAGUGCAUUGGCCAAGGUGUAUGAACAUAAUUACUGUACAUGUCUUUCAAAUUUCCUUGGAGGCUGGAUGGGUUAAACCAGAAGUGCAAUCAAUAGGAAUUAGAGAAUGUUGUGUAUUUAUCUCUAAGUUUUUUUGGAAGGAAAGUUGGUUGCAACUAAACUUUUUCCAAAAUGUGCUAUGCAUACUUUUAAUGAAAGAUGACAUAUAUUUGCACAAAAAUUCUCAGGCACAGCAAAUUAUUAUAAACUGAAGUAAAACCCAGGUGCUUUCUUUGAGAUUGUGUUUUUUUAAUAUAAAAUAAAAUUAAAACAUCUGCCUUUUUCUUCAUAUCCGCAGAAUUAGAGAAUGAACUUUUUUCGAUGAGAAAGUCAAACGCUUUUGCUUUUUCUCUGGGAUUCCUUUUUUCUUUUUUUUAACUAUGUGAAAUGGCAAAGUGAAACUCCGGGAUUAGGUUUCAGCUUUCAGCAGUGUGACGCAAGGCUGUGAAUUGGGAAAAAACAGAUCUGUUUUCUGAGCAUUGCUGACCGAGGUCUGCUUUUCAUCAGAUGACAUGGCUUUAUCUCGGCCAUGCAGUUGAGAAAGAAAUGCUGUUACAUGAAAGGCAUUAUGGAGAGAAGAUGAAGGAGGGGGCUAGUUCUUUUUGAAAAUGGGAGGUGUGUUACUUGAUCUUUUCAUUGCUUCAUUAGCAAAUGUUUUGCUCCUUUGUUCUGACUUAAGCUGAAAGGCAAUUUUCUGCAGAAUUCUUGAUGGGCAUGUUACUCCUGUGGCUACCAUCCAUACACCUGUUACAGGCCAGAGGAGGGUCCUUCUCUCUUGAGCUGCCUCUCCUUCAGGAAGAGCUAUGUGCUCAAAACACACAUGCAAGAGUAAAAUGUGUGAGUUUUCCAUGAUGUUUAGAAUCUUUUAAUAAAACUUUUCUAAAUAAACUUCUUAACAAAAAGAGUGUCCUCUCCCCCUUCUCUCCCCCUUGCUCAGUCAUUCUGAAAUCAGCAGACCGUACACAGAGAUGUUCAGAAAGGAUUCCAGCUGGUCUGUAAGUGAACACACAUGUCCCUGAAUGUGGACCAGAAGAAUUCCUGAUGUUUAAAUUUCUAGAAUAUUCCAAUUCACAUUUUAAAUGAUAUUUGAGUUUCUACUUCAUAAAGUAACUCUGGGGUGCUUAUUUUAGACAAUUCUUUAAUCUUUUUAUUUAUUCUCUAAGAAAGUAAUCUUCCUGUUACCAGUUUCCAAGACACAUCAGGAAGUAGGAAAAUAUAGGACCAGAGAGUAGUACAAAGUGUUAAAUUAUCAGAUUUUAUGUAUAUUAUAUAAACAGCUAUAAAUUAAGCUAGAUUUUGGAGUGUUCUGUAUAAUUAGUAUACUUUUAAAAUAACCGAGGCUAAAAUGAUCACUUUGGAGGCAGGGCAAGGGUGUAUUCACAGCCAAAUAAGCCUGUCUGAUUAAAGAGAAACAUACUUUGGUUUUUGGAAAUUAAAUUGAUGUUGCUGUUCCACCAGAAACACAAUGAUUGGAAACUGGUGCAUGCUCGUCUCUAGAAAUGAAUCCUGUUUUGAAACUGGGUUUUGUUGUUUUUGAAAUUUCCACCUAAAAUCAUUUUUGGUUGAGAAUGAGAAUCUCUAUUAUAAUGAAAUUGUGUGUAAAAUAUAGUAAGAACUGGAGCCUUGUAACAAGUUCCUUCUUAAUUUAUCUGUUAUGUUUUAGCACUGUUCACAUUUUAGUUUUUCUUUAUCAACUGUGUAUGUACUUUAAUGCCAGAACUCUGAUCGUUUUUGUUUUUUUUUUCCUUCUGAAGGGUCUCAGUGAUUAUACCUCAGGUAUUUCUGAGUAUCCUAUUAUCUACUAGAAGGGAUACCUUCCCUGUGAACUCAGAAUUAAAAUUUCUCCUGAAUUAUGAUGAUCCCAGAUCUUAUGUAAAUAGCCUUAGGCAUGGGUCUUGGAAAAAAGUUAAUGACUAUUGUUAAAGUCGUUUUUUAAAAAAUUUUGUACUAUAUGUCCUUGAUUUGACCUGAAUGAACAGACUUUGGCAAAGGGAGGAAAUAAGUUAAAGGCAGCUCACAAGAGCCUGUUCUCUAUAAAAGGUGUAUUUUAUACAGUAUUGAAAGCCUGUUAUUUUUUCUGACCAUUCUGGUACACAAUUAGUACUUGUUGGUAAUAACAUUGACUUUUGACACCUGGAACUAGAACUCUUAGUGUUUAGUAGCCCACUCCUUUGAUGUCAGAUGCCUGCAAGCCUGUACUCCAAGUACAACACAGCAGCAUCUACACUGAGUUGUUGCAUAGCCAGCACAGCUACCUGGGAGUGGCAUGGUGCCCUCUGGGGCUGCCAGGGAGAUACUGUAGUUUGAUAUCUGGGGAUUGACUUUGUCAAAGAGCUCUUUGUGCACCUACCUUUGCUUUGUCAAAUGUUAAUCAGAUAAUAAACACGAGUAUCUUCUUAAAUUUU